CGGCUCCUUUCCGGAGCCCUCGCGGGAAGCUCCGCGGGGCACAGCGUGAGCCUCCCGGGCGCGGGCUCGACCUCGGUCAAGGAAGCCACCCCUGGCCGCUGAUGUCUUCAGGCGUGCCUACAGUUCCUCGUCCGAUCACAAGUAUGUUCCUCGGAGGGCAGUGCUGUAUGUACCUGGAAAUGAUGAAAAGAAAAUAAUGAAGAUUCCCUCCCUGAAUGUAGACUGUGUGGUGCUCGACUGUGAAGACGGUGUGGCUAUGAAUAAGAAGAAUGAAGCUCGAUUGACAAUAGUAAAAGCCCUUGAAGACUUUGACCUGGGCCCAGCUGAAAGGUGUGUGCGGGUCAGCUCGGUGGCCAGUGGCCUGGCUGAGGAAGACCUGGCCGCCAUCCUGCAGUCCCGGGUCCUCCCUUCUAGCCUGAUGCUCCCCAAGGUGGAAAGUCCUGAAGAAAUCCGAUGGUUUGCAGGCAAAUUUUCAUUCCACUUAAAAGGCCGAAAACUCGAACAGCCAAUGAAUUUAAUCCCUUUUGUGGAAACUGCAAUGGGUUUGCUCAAUUUUAAGGCCGUGUGUGAAGAAACCCUGAAGAUCGGGCCUCACGUGGGUCUUUUCCUAGAUGCCGUUGUUUUUGGAGGAGAAGAUUUUCGAGCCAGCAUAGGUGCAACAAGUAGUAAAGAAACGCAGGACAUCCUCUACGCCCGACAAAAGAUUGUCGUCGUGGCCAAGGCCUUUGGCCUACAAGCCAUAGACCUGGUGUACAUUGACUUCCGGGAUGAAGAGGGGCUGCGUAGACAGUCGAGAGAGGCCGCUGCCAUGGGCUUCACCGGUAAGCAGGUGAUCCACCCGAACCAGAUCGCCGUGGUCCAGGAGCUGUUCACCCCUGCCACGGAGAAAAUCCAGUGGGCUGAAGAACUAAUUGCUGCUUUUAAAGAGCAUCAGCAAUUAGGAAAGGGAGCCUUUACUUUCCAAGGGAGUAUGAUCGACAUGCCGUUACUGAAGCAGGCUCAGAACAUUGUUACGCUUGCCACAUCCAUCAGGGAAAAAUCAUCUGUUAGAUGAAGCACUCAUCAGGUGGGCUGAGCAUGUACGGCGGGCUUCGGAAGACCAGACGGUACGCAGGCACGCCCGAUCGGGGCCUGGCCGCAUUUACAGGGCAGUUGCUGUGGCGGUUCUUCUUCUUGCUGUUGUCUUAUUGGCCAAGUUAUUCCUCUAAGACUGAGCUUUCUUCCUCUGGUAUCCUUUAAGCUUAUGAUGAUCUUAGUUUCAUUUAUUGAUGGAUUGCAAAUGUGGAUUGAUGAUUUCAUGGAAAGAGAAAAAUCGUGGAAGGAGGCGGACAUGGGUGGAAGUUAGGUGUUUCGUGAGACAGAUCUUUGUCAAAUCCUGUGCUCCCCUUGCAGUAUAUGUUUGUCACAUUGUUCAUCUGUACGGCUGACAUCACAGGUAAUUUUAAGGCCAGGCUUUUUAAAAAACAAGGGUAAAAUUUGGGGGGUGUAUUUCAAUAACAAUCCUAUAAAAUAGAGACCCCUCGGAAAACAUUAUGGAGUAUGGUAUAGGCCUGUAAAGCCACCUUCUAAAAAUAAACUUCCCAAACUGAUUACUGUUAACCUCCACCCCCCAACUGCACCACCCCUACCCUCGGAAGGCUGAUGGUGAGCCCGAGAGAGCUCAUGGGGUAAAUGCUUUGGGUCAAUAGUUACCGGCAAUUAAAAAAUAAAUGUGUAGGAACACAAGGCUGUCCUUUCUCCCUUUUAUUUCCCACUUUAACUGUUCACCAACGAGGCCAUUUCCCCUGUAAAUUCAUGGCGGCGACAGGGCUCCCUCGGCCAUAAACUUGUAGCGUCCCCGACAUCGACACAAAGCCAGGGCACCAGGCUGGUGCGCACGGCCCCCUGCAAGAUUUGCAUCACAUUAGAGAUGCGGCUACAGGUCAGAUGGGUGGUGUGGUUAACGGGCUUAGUAAAGCUGUUUUGAAGAGGUUAACCCAGCUUGUAGUAAGGGUAAAUAAACAUAACAACCGGCCAUUGUUCCCCAUUCAGCACAUACUCUUAUAUUGAAGGCUAAAGGGUAUUGAAGCUGCAGAGGAUCAGCUUGUGCGUGCCAGAGGACGCCAAUGAAGUUUGAAACACCAACAAUCAGAGAUUUUGUUUCUGUUCCUCAUUAAAUCAUGAGCUUUUGUGUUGAGACUCUGGAUGACUGUUCUUUAAGAAAUUAACAGAAUGGGAAGUUUUAAACUCUGCACCAA